CAUAGCAUGGCUUAUGCUGCAGCAGAUUCUAACAAAAUUCACACUGAUGUUCUCACCAAAGCGAGAGAAACUUGUUACAAGGCUCGUGGUGCUUUCUAUGCGUGCUUGAAAAAGGAAUCUAACAAGAACCUCACAGAGAUUGCAUAUGUUGGGCUGCUAUAUCCCCUAGAAUGCAAACAAUGCAGGAAUGAAUACGUGAAUCGGUGUCGAUUUUCCUGGGUCAAACAUUUCGAUAGGCAAUACUGCAGGAACACGAGGGUUCAGACACUUUUCGAUCACAUGACAGCAAAAUCUGACAAAAUCCACACUGAUGUUCUCACCGAAGCGAGGGAAGCUUGUUACAAGGCUCGUGAUGCUUUCUAUGCCUGCUUAAAAAAGGAAUCUGACAAGAACCCCACAGAGAUUGCAUCUGUUGGGUUGCUAUAUCCCCUAGAAUGCAAACAAUGCAGGAAUGAAUACGUCAAACAGUGUCGAUCUUCCUGGGUGAAACAUUUCGAUAGGCAAUACUGCCAGAACAAGAGGGUUCAGACACUUUUGGAUGACAAAGGUUCCACCAGAGGUCCUUCCAAUAUUAAACCCAAUACUUGAUUCUUAUCAAUUAUUUACGUAUAGUGUAGUAGAUAUAAUGGGUCAUGUUGAUUUCCCUGAUAGCUUAUCCAUGAUUCUUUGGGUGUAUAUUCGUUGCAUGAUAAAGGAUUUAUAUAGCUUAUGAAUGAUUCUUUGGGUGUUGGUUUGAAUGAAUUUCCUUCUCUUUUUCAAUAUCAAUUGGUGGUUGGAACAAGUAUCUGUAUCUAGGAUUUACAAGUGAGUGGAGAAUACUGUCAUUGUUUAUUCAUGUUAGCAUGGGUGUAAAACUAUACGGAUCACCUUUGUCCUUGUCUAAAAGAAGUGUUUUCAGUUCUUGA